GUGACACAUUCGACAAGCGAGUGCCGUGGCUGUGCGACGUACGCGCGACUGGGGACUCUCUGAACGGCCCGCCGCGGCAGCUCCAACGACACACUCGGGGGAUAAACGCUCUCGAACUGCUCUCCGCACACAGCAACGGACUGCGAGAGGGAGAGAGAGAGAGAGAGAGAGAGUCGAACACAAAAUCCACGUGGUUCUUGCUUUCGCAAAACAAAGCAUGACGUUUGCUUGAAAAGUUGUUGUCAGCACUGUUUCGUUCGUGCGCGCGCGAUCGCAGAGGCUGCAGUGCUCGUUCGUUCGCGCGUGUUCACGUAGUUGUCCACAGUUUCAUACUCACUUUGCGGACAGUGUUUUUAAUACGGCCUCACCACGCGCUCCGACGAGUGGAAUAGCCUCCUGCCCAGCUCCACGAUUGUGGGUGCUGGCGGGUCACCAUGGCUGGGCCUCGGUGCUGCUGGUGGUGGCACUGGCACGACUGCUGGUGCCGGCAGCCCCGUCGAGUUGGAAGGACAUUGGGGACGAAAGUUAUACGGGGCAAGUGUUGCGCCACCGCCACCUCCGCCACAUCAUCAUCCAAGGGCGCCGCUUGUGUUUGCUCCUCAGGAUAUGAGACAGAUACUGAAGGAGGAACCCGUGCCCAGAGCUUGGCCACAGCCGGCGAUCGCCGACAAUGGAACAAAUGCUAUCGGGAGAGCUCACUUCGAGAAGCAGCCACCAAGCAAUCUGAGGAAAAGCAACUUCUUCCACUUCGUUAUCGCCCUCUACGAUCGCUCGGGUCAGCCGAUUGAAAUCGAGCGAACAAUGUUCGUCGGUUUCGUCGAGAAGGAUCAGGAGUCCGAGGGUCAGAAGACCAACAACGGCAUUCAGUAUCGACUCCAGCUUCUGUACUCGAACGGUGUGAGACAAGAGCAGGAUAUAUUCGUCAGACUGAUCGACUCCGUCACGAAACAGGCAAUUAUGUACGAAGGUCAAGACAAGAAUCCGGAAAUGUGCCGAGUUCUCCUUACCCAUGAAGUCAUGUGCAGUCGGUGUUGCGACAAGAAGAGCUGUGGCAACAGAAAUGAAACGCCUAGCGACCCCGUCAUCAUCGAUCGGUUCUUCCUCAAAUUUUUCCUUAAGUGCAAUCAGAAUUGUCUGAAAAAUGCUGGAAAUCCGAGGGACAUGAGACGUUUUCAGGUGAUUAUAUCGACGCAAGUCGGUGUAGACGGACCAUUGCUAGCAGUAUCGGACAACAUGUUCGUGCACAACAACAGUAAGCACGGAAGGCGAGCGAAGCGACUGGACCCAAGUGAUCCUGGCGAGUACAAUAAUCUGUAUCCACCAUUACAAAUGGCAACGCCCUGCAUUAAAGCGAUAUCGCCGAGCGAAGGCUGGACCACGGGCGGCUCAACCGUGAUAAUCAUCGGCGAUAAUUUUUUCGACGGGUUACAGGUUGUUUUCGGAACAAUGCUGGUUUGGAGUGAGUUGAUAACACCACAUGCAAUCAGAGUACAAACGCCGCCACGGCAGAUUCCUGGCGUCGUCGAGGUGAUACUGUCAUAUAAGGGCAAACAAUUCUGCAAAGGUUCGCCAGGUCGAUUCGUCUACGCUUCUCUGAGCGAACCAACGCUCGCUUAUGGCUUCGAAAGGCUUCAGAAGCUUAUACCAAGACAUCCGGGCGAUCCCGAUAAAUUGCCCAAGGAAAUAGUACUGAAGAGAGCUGCCGAUCUAGCUGAAGUGCUAUACAGUUCGCAACGAGCGACGAAUGCUAUAGCAUCUUCGGCGCCUAGAAGUCCAGGUUCGAGUACUCACGCGGCUGCUCCGCCACCAACAUCUACUGCUACAACGGGCUUCAAUUCGUAUACUGGCCAAUUGGCGGUUACUGUGCAAGAAAAUGGAGCGUCGUCGAAAUGGACAGAUGAUGGAACAUCGGUAACUACGGGCACAGCAAGCGGUACUACCAGUGCCAGCAAUAACGGAGCGAACAGCAGCAACGGUAGCGCGAACGCCAGCGACGCUUAUCGACAAAGCAGCAGUGCAAGUCCACGUGGCCACGUGUCCAGUGGAGGUGGAGCUGGCUAUUGUGGUAGCUCCGCAAGUACACCCCACAGCCACAGUACUAGUGGUAGUUAUUCUGUGGCCAAUCCUUACGCUGGCAGUCCGACUUUGUACACGUCUCUGGGUAUGUUGCAGGGUUAGGUGAAGUUGGAACUUUCAACCCAUUCGUAUUGCCAACCUGUGGACAUCAAGGCUAUGGAAGUACGUCGACUGCUGGAAGCCCCUUGAUAUCCAGCGGCAAAUAGGGACGGAGGCGUACCAAGUGCGCCGCGUAGAUCACACACCAAGCAACCAGUGCGACUGUCAUUUUUACUCGAGCGGCUUAGGAUACUUAAAAAACAGAAAACAAACUUUAUACAUAUCUAUUAAUCCGAGAGAUUAUUUAAGUCAUUAUCUCUUUCUUUUUUCUUUUUUCUCUUCCAAUAUAGUGUUUCCGUGAGUGUUUCGUAUUAUAUUUCAGAAUCACAUCGAGAAUAAUUUUGCUAUAUCAUUGAAAUAAUGAUCAACUCGCAAAUGCUAUCUCCAGAGUAUUAAUGGGAAAUUGGAAUUUUUCACAGUGUUAUUUGAGCAUUACUACAGUGCUCGUAGCAACGAAACAUUUUUUCUUUGAGCGAUAAAAACUAAAAUUCAAAACGGUAUCUCGUACAGCAUGAAAGUUGAAUUACAGGAGUGGAGAAAAAGACAUUUUUUUAGAACAAGGCACAAAAGACAGUAUGAAUCCAACUCGCGAGACGUGCAUUAACAAGCUCUCCCGUCGUCCGAGAAAAGAGAGCAAGUAUACGGUAUCAGUUUGAAUUCAGAAGCAAGAUACGAGAGCUAUGCAUAACGGCGUCUCUGAAUUUUUCAUAAACUCGUCGUCGUCGUUGACGACGACCUGAAGAGAUGCCACCGGACAGACAUAUCGCUUAUCAAUGACUAACAGACAUACACUCACACAAGCAUAUACACAUAAUCCGUAGUUUAUAUCAACGCACUCACACCUUUUCAACUCUCGGCCGAUUAAUCUCUCGUAGUAAGUUUAUAAGUAACGUGCGUAUACAUAUUAUAUAUAAAGUGUAAAUUAUCAAUUUGUAAAUAGUGUUGCGAUGUACAAACCAAAUCGUAUUGUGACGAAACGUAUCUAUUUGUAAGUUAAACUCCCCUACACUUUUCAGCGAAGGAAUCUAUAAGUACGAGUGUAGAGUUAUCGUUAAUUAUCUAUACAUAGAUGUACAUAAUAUUGUAGAGCGUAUCUCGUAGCUUAUCUUUCCAGCGAGAAAAUUUUGCAUGAUUCGUAAUGUUUCUUUGCUAUACUUAAAAACAAUAAGAAACAUUGAAUCAGGUAGAAUUUCAGUAUUGUAUAGAAAAAACAAACAAAAAGGUACAUAUAAACUAAACUGCAGAUUGUUUGAUAAAUUGGUCCAAACAUGUCUUAUACAACUCAUGAAAGUAUACGAAAGAGGAACAAAUAGUAGUGAAUUUUAAGUGACUUUGUAAAGAAAAAAAAUAAAAACUUAAAACUACGCAAGCACAUAAAAAUAAAAGAACCGCGGAGACUGUUAGUUAUUGUCAUUUCAUUUUCAUGGCGAUACAAGAUAUACAUAUAUGAGUUUUAAGUGUAAGCUGUGAACAUUUUGUAAUGAUUUGUUUUUCUUUUAUUUCACUUUUUUAGCAAUCGCCGACUUGUUGAGUUUUGUAUUUAAGUUUCUUUUUAUAUAAAUGAUUAUUACACUUAUUAUUCGUCACAGAUUUAAACAUAAUGCAGGCAUGUAAGUCCAAUCUCCGAAUAUAAGAAAUAAUGAAAAAAAUACAAUGAAAAAAAGAAUCUUGUUGAUGUAUAUUAAUA